AUGUUCCUCUUCUCCAAGAAACUCAAGACCCCUGUCAGCACUUACACCGACUCCUACCGCCCACCAUGCUCCGUCAGAAAGCCCAUCAAGCAGUGUGUGCAGCCGCUCUGGAGAGAAAACACAUUUGUGACAGAGGGAUUAACAGUGCCCCCAGUGCACAAUCCAUCAAGCCAAGGCCAAAUCGAGCAACUGAUCCAGGCAGCAGCACAGGCGUAUGACAGGAACCUCACUGACCUCAAUGCCUACAGGCCUGAGAAGUACUGGCUGGACAGGUCUGAAGAGAAGUACAACCCAAUUUUUAUCAAGGAGGACAAAUAUGCCACCUGGAGAACAGGUUCCUACAACAGCGCUGCCUGGAAUAAGCACUCCUCUUACCUCCCACUCCUGCCCAAGGAGACAAGGAUGGAGAACUUCCUGCACAGCAUACCUGUGCCAUACAUUGUGAAACCCACCUACCUCAGCCGAUACGACAAGGAGGUGGUCAACAACAUGCUGCACAAGGUGCCUGUAUACACUGUGAUGGGAAGGGGACCCUUACAAGGCUACUACAGCCCCUGCUCUGGCCGCCACUACUGCCUGCGAGGGUUGGACUACUAUGUAGAUGGAACUUCUGCCCGAAGGCAUCUCUACAGACAAGGAGAGAAGGCUGAGUAUUCCGUGCUGCAGCUACAGCCCCAAAGCAACGUUCUGUGCAUCUACACGUUUCCGCCAGCCGAAAAUGACAGUGCACGAAAGAGUGGGUGUUUGCAGGGUGGGAGACCUGCUGGAAGCAGCUCACAGAGAUGGCAGUGCCAGGAAGCUUCACGUCUUCUGGCCAGGCUGUGCUUUGGUCUCAGUGCCCAAAGUGGGUGGGUACAACCACAUGUUCACUGCUCACCCCUGAGCAAUCAUGGUAGCCAGAAGCAGAUUUUCUGUUGUUCUUCCUCACCAGGGUUUCAUCCUCUCAUGGCUGAUAACUUUAUCUGCCUUCCUAGGUGGAACACGUCCCACUUCAUGAAGCUAGGAGGAGUCCAGAGAGGCAGCUAUGUAAUCCAUCCUGAGUUUACCUCAGAGGCUUUCUCUGCCCCAGGUCGCCGUUGA